UAACUUUGCUCUGCAUGUUUCUUUCUAUUUGAAUUAGGAUUAAAGCUAAGCCUUUGUUUCUCUCUCUGUCACAAACUUCACUGCUAUGCAGUUUGGUAAAAAGGAAAUGUUUUCCCACUUCAAUUUUGUGUGGGCAUGAUUCAAUUAGCCUUUACUUGUUUGUUUUAGUAAAAACCCCAAGUAUCCAGAUAAGAAUUCAAUGGAAUUACAACACAGUCUAAGGCUGCAGCUUUUGGCCCCACCUUUAAAAGAGAAAUGCUUCAGAAGCUUCCCUUCGGUGUUUGGAGUUAUUCCUCAAAGGAGAAAAAAACUGAGAAGUUCCAUUAUCUCUUGCUCGAAUCUGAAUAAUUUUGGUCCGUCAGCACCAAACUUUUGGGGGUUCCAAUUACUGGUUCAUGGUCUCAGACAAAAGGGAUUAAAAGCUUCGAAGUUAGAAGAGUUGCUCAAAUUUGGUAAUGGAGAGGAGGAUGAAUCUGAUUCUGAGUCUGAUUCGGAUAGAGCUAAUGAGAGAGAUGAUUACUUUCAUAUGGAUGAGGAAGAAAGGCGGGAAUGGAGGAGGAAGAUAAGAGAUGUCAUUAAAAAUUCUCCAGAUGUUGAGGAAGAGGUGGAUCUUGUUGAGAGAAGAAAAAAGAUGCAAAAGCUUUUGGCUGAUUACCCUCUUGUUGUUGACGAGGAGGACCCUGAUUGGCCAGAAGAUGCUGAUGGACGGGGUUUUAACUUGGAUCAAUUCUUCAAUAAGAUCACCAUCAAGAAUGUUAAGAAAGAUGAUGAUGAUGAAAAUGAUGACAGCGACAAUGAAAUGGUAUGGCAAGAUGAUGACUAUAUUUGUCCAGUUAAGGACUUGACAACUGCAGAAUGGGAGGAGGCCGUGUUUAAGGACAUCAGCCCUCUUAUUGUUCUUGUUCAUAAUCGCUACAAAAGGCCUAAGGAAAAUGAAAUGGUUCGGGAUGAAUUGGAGAAGGCUAUCCACAUCAUCUGGAAUUGUAGGCUACCAUCGCCAAGGUGUGUAGCAAUUGAUGCUGUGGUUGAAGUUGACUUGGUGUCUGCUUUGAAAGUCUCUGUUUUUCCCGAGCUCAUCUUCACUAAAGCAGGGAAAAUCUUGUACCGUGAGAAAGCGAGCCGAACAGCAGAUGAGUUAUCCAAAAUGAUGGCAUUCUUCUAUUAUGGAGCUGCCAAGCCACCUUGUCUCAAGGGCAUCGAUAAUUCUGAAGAAUUAAUACCUACAAUUUAAGCAAGCAAUUAUCAGGAUCUUAUAGGUGCAGCAACAUGUUUUGGCUGUACAAUCGGUCACUAAGAUGGCACACCUCCUUUCUGAGUUCUUGGCAGUGUUUUAGUAGGUGAGAAAAAUGGGGUUCAUUUUGCUCUCUUCAAGAUUUCAGUAGGUGCAUUGCUCGUUCCCUUGGUCCUUAUGCUUGGUGCAGUGGUCCUAUUCAGUUUCAAAGUGGUUAUAAUUGCAUGAAGCUACAGGGUUGAAAAUGGUAGUUACUGAAAGAUGCCAGCCUAUUGUUUGCAUAAGGUAAUAGCUAGAUAUAAGUGUAAUAGCUAUUAUCUAGCUAAUGGCAUGCCAUUUGUGUUCAUUUCCUCAACUUUUCGAGUACAUAUCUAGAGGAAGACUAUAUUUUAGAUAGUAUCCUUUUUUUCAAACUCUCAUGGUAAUGUUGAUUUCUUGUAUACAUGGCAGAGCUAGUUUAGAGUAAGGGGGUUCAAUUGAAUUAUACUAUGCAAAAUUGCAAAUAAGGUAAAACCUUUUUUUUUUUUGGGUUA